AUGAUAUAUACCCCAUUAACGUUCUCUAGAAAUACCAUAGCUGUCUAUGCCGUCGUGCUGGGGACGGCAUUUUAUGAAAGACGCAUUCUUAAUAUCUCUAUGACCUCUCUCGGUGAGGUCAUUCAACACACCGACACCGACACUUGCUUCGAAAUACCAAACGUGUUGCCGAGAGAUCUAAUACUGCGAAGUGGGACUUCAACCAAUCCCUCGAAGAGAACGGAGAUCAUGGCCCGAGUAGAGGUCGUAAAGCGCAUGCGAGAAAUUGAGAAAGAAAUUAUGAAGGCGUAUAAUACGAUUGGUCGACAGAGUCGAUCGCUAUAUCCUCUUGUGAAGGCGAGGGAUCCAAACGAAUGGGGCUCAGUCUCCAUCGCCGAAGCCGUGAAACUAUUGGCUCACUAUCGACCCGAUCAUUACACUACUCUUUUGGCUGUUCACAAGCAUCUCAUGGGCCGUCCUCAUGAGUUUGUAGCCGAUUUCACGUCACAUCGGACAGCCCAAGCGUUCGCAGUUCGCCCCCAGUCCCAUGUUAAUAAACUCAAUCGAGUGACUGACUUGCUUCAUCGAGAGGAUCCCAUAUUAAUGGACUUCGUCACCAAAGCUCGUGGGGUCAUCGAAUCUAGUAGAAGGAGAGCGCUAGAAUCCUGGCAUGAACUUCCAACACGAAUAGAUGCUGGAGUUGUUCAUUAUACAACCGAUGAACUCGUCAUCAUUGAUGUUCUCCGCCAAGCCUUCCGUCGCAAACGUAGCACGCAAGUUGACCCUUAUCAAACGGUAGUGUCAAAUAUCAUCAAGAAAUUCGACUGUUACGACGAGGUAGUAGACGACUCAUUGCUUCGGCAGGUCUUAGUAGACCUUGGCGAAUUCACUCCUUGGGAAGACAACGCUUCACGUAGAAGGGAGUUAGGUUUGGAUUUGCUCCCUGAGGAUAAAUCACCCACGGCGAUAGCACGAAACGAGCUAGUCAAAAAUUCACUGUCUUCUUUGUCUUCCGUGUCCCAAAAAUCGAGUGGGGGGUCUUUAGGUCCACACGAUUUCUACUCGCAUGACUCGCUGGCACAUAUUCGUCAUGACUUUGGUGACCUACCCGUGUAUGUCGUGGACGAUAUGGGUGCCGAAGAACUUGAUGAUGGAGUUUCAGUGGAGAAAAUUCCAUCAGAGCCCGGUUCAGCCUGGGUCCAUGUUCACAUCGCGGACCCGACAUCCAUCCUACCUCCGACUCAUGCCUUAUCUGAACAAGCCCGUAGGCUGGGAUUCACCUCUUACUUUAUUCAUAGGACGUGGCCCAUGCUGCCUCGCUCAUUGAUGUACGAGAAGCUGAGUUUAGGCACAGUCUCAAAGACUGGGCAGCCGGAACCAGUCAUGACCUUCAGCUUCAAAGUCGACAAAGAAGGGGAUAUCACCGAUUGGACAGUUAAGGCUGGGCUAGUUAGGAAAGUCAUAUCCAUCGACUAUGACAGCGUUGACCAAAUAUUAGGAGUUGCACCAAUGCCUCGACCACGCCCCUUCGAGUCUGGAAAUACAACGGACAUCGGUAUUGCUCGGACAUCGUUGUCUCCUUCUCACCGAGAGGAUUUGGAACGGUUGAAUAAAAUCUCAAUGCUGAUGAGGCAUCGGUCUACCUCACAGGCUUACAACUACGUUAUCCCAAGGGCCGUCCUCAGCCUGUCACAAAAGCCACUUCAUGGUGCAUCCUUUGAUCAUCCAAAGCCACUACAAUAUCGCGGUUUCCCGCAGCUCACGUAUGAAGUUUUGUCGCAGCAACAUGUUGAGUAUGGCUCCCGACUGAUGGUGGCUGAAUUUAUGAAGUUUGCUUGUCGGGUUGCCUCUCGGUGGUUCUCUGCUCGUGGAGUACCUAUGUUGCGCCGUAGUUCCAAGGCACCUAUCGCGCUUCAUGAUCUGGCUUUAGAAGAAUUAGAAGCUUCGCGAGAUGUUGAUGGCUAUGUUGAUCAGUAUAUCUCACUCCGAUCGGAUGUCUACACCCCUCCCGUGGAAUACACCCUUACACCUGGCAUGCACUGGAAUAUGGGUGUCCCUGAAGGCGAGGGAUAUGUUCGAGUGACUUCACCUUUGCGACGGUACGGAGACCUAGUCGCGCAUUGGCAAAUCAAGCAUGCUUUGCUGAACGAGUCCUCGCCUCCACUUUUUUCGCCUGAGUGGUUGACGUCGUAUGGAAAGGAGCUGAGGCAAAUAGAAGGACACACCAAGCGUGCAGCGCAAGAUCACCAAAAACAGUGGGCGUUGAUGUACAUCAAACGAUGGAUGGAAAAUGGCAAAUCCAGAAGUGAUCUUCCUGAUCCUUUGAACUGUCUGGUUGGUCGUAUAACAGGGUCGUUGAAAAUCGACAAAUUUAAUAGGGAGGCCCGCUGGACCUGUUAUCUUCCAAGCAUUGGAUUGCAAGGCACUCUCAUCUGUGAUGACCCAGUCCAUCCCAAUCUUCCUAUUGGCACGGAGGUCGAUGUCAAGAUAGACAGCAUCCGCCUCGGUAUCGUUCCUAUGCUGAUACUGCAGCAGAAAUAGGCUUAUGUCAUGGCACUCAAAUAUAUUAGUUAUAGCUAUUGUACUUUAACACUCCACCUCUCAAUCGUACCAUUAUCAAGUUA